GACAGUGUGUCGACCUCAAACAUGGCUUCCAGAUUAGAAAUUAAUUUUAUCAGAUUAUUGUCUCGCUGUGAAUCUAUUGCUUCGGAGAAACGAGGGGAGACGGAGUGGAGGUUAGAGAAGUAUGUUGGCGCCCUGGAGGAGAUGUUGGUAGCUCUGAGGAAAAGCCCGAGCAAACCCACACCAGAAGUCCUGACUGAAUACACACGCAAAGUAGAUUUUCUGAAAGGACUCCUAGAGGCAGAGAAACUGUCUUCACCAACGGAAAAAGCUUUAGCCAAUCAGUUCCUCGCCCCCGGGCGAACACCCACGAUAGCCAACGAGAGGAUGCCUGCCACUAAAACUGUGCAUUUGCAGACGAAGGCCCGCUGUACAGGAGAGAUGAGGGAGGAGCUGCUCGGCACGGUUUUGUCAGGCAAAGGCACAUCGGAGACAGACUUGCGAAACAGAAGAGGUCUUCCUCUGGAUGAGCGUCAGUCUGCCGCAGAGCUGGACGCCGUCCUGCAGCAUCACCACAACCUGCAGGAGAAACUGGCGGAGGACAUGCUCAACCUGGCCCGAAAUCUGAAGAACAACACUAUGGCAGCACAGAACAUAAUCAGACAGGACAACCAGACUCUGAGCCAGUCCAUGCGCCAGGCAGACCUGAACUUUGAGAAGCUGAAGACGGAGUCGGAGCGAUUGGAGCAGCACACCAAGAAGUCUGUAAACUGGCUGCUGUGGCUGAUGCUCAUCCUGGUCUCGUUCACCUUUAUCAGCAUGAUCCUCUUCAUCAGAAUCUUCCCCAGACUCAGAUGAUGACUGAGUAUACUCCUGAACUCUUCCUCCCACAUCCUCCCGUGUUUACAAGAGCAGUAGCGACAUAGGCCUCCAUAGAUCUACGCAGCAUGUCUGUAAGUGUGAUACAGAUCAAUAGUGGUCAGAACCAAAACAACUCAGUCAGGCGGACUGAAAAGUUUGCACUUUCGUUACUGAAAUUCUUCCUCUAAACGGGCUAAUGAAUCAGAAAUCAAAAUGCAGAAAGUGGUUUGAAGCAUCAGUGUUCAUUUUUUUUUUUUCAGAACAGGACAGAACAUGAAUCGAGAUAGAGAGCUACUUGGAGGGUCUUUUGGGAACAGCAAUAUAGUCUUAAUACCGAGUCAGCAGGGACUGAGCCUUAAUUAUUUUAAGCCCUCAUCAGGUCAGCAACUAGCCAUUCAAUACAUGUAUGCACUUUCUCACUUAGUGGGACUGAAGUCAAAGUCAUGUUUUGUGGAACAUUAUUUUCCACCAUGCAUAUAUCAAAGAGAGCUUACGAACCGUCCACCAUGUUGCCCUGAAAAUCCACAAUUUCAACACAAUUUCAGCUAAUUGAAAACUAACCUAUGAAUAGCUGUGGAUGUGCUAAAACCUGAAACUGUUUGGUAACACUUUACUUUAAUCCAUCUGUUUAAUAUUUAUAAACACUAUAUACAUUUUAAUAAAUGGCUUACAGGACACUAUAAUUUAGCUGUGAACAGAGAUAAAGACAUUUUAAGUGUUUAUUAAUGUAAAAUAUUUGUUAACAAUUAUAAGUUCUCAUAUGAAGACAUAUUUUGCAUUAUUACAACUGUAUUUUACUUUGUUGUUAUUCACUAUCUGUUUAUACACCAGCCUCCACUAAUGGGUGACCACAGGAGGACUUACUUCUGUUUACAACUACAUUACAGUGUGUUAUAAACCAUUUAUCAAUUGUUUAUAUAAUGCAUAUGAAUUUUAAAGGGCGGGGGGUAAAGUGAAGUUUUGCCACUUGUUUCCCUUAAAUGAAAUAUUAUUACAAAUUACAAAAGAGAUUUCAAGCUUCAGUUUAAUUUUACAUCUGCUGGUAAAGGUUUUGGAAACAUUGAUUGUCAAGAGGUUUAGAUCUUUGUGCUGUUCGAUUUAAGUUAUUUCAUCACCUCAUUUAUUUCCACUUCCCUCAGUCCUGUUCAUUGUGCAAGAGUCUGUAUGUUUUGGUGGCUGAUUCCAUAAAUGUAUGUCAGGUGAUGAUAUCUGUUGUAGCUGAUAAUGACUGCUGAAGUUGCUGAUGUUGAUGUUUGUUCUCAUUAAAUGACUGUAACCCCACGUUCAACUCCUCAUAAAAAUUCACAUAUCAUUUACAG